AUGUCCGCGAUAACACGACGCAAAGUGUUGUUCACAGUUUUGCUUCUAAUACUAAUUUUAUCGCUUUCGUAUGUAAUAUUCAAUGCAAACUUAAGUCAGCGCGAUCCUCUGGGGCAAAAAGGGUCUAGACCAUUGUCACCGGAGGAAAUUGCAUUUAUAAAUAAGCUGCUUGUGAGUGACAGUGACGAAACAAUUCCCUUAAAAAAUUUAACGAGAGACACUUACAAUCGCAGCGCAAUCUUCUUUGUAAGGGACACAUCCUCAGAAGAAUUCGAAUUAUCAUGCGCUGUCGAAUCGGCUUCGUUGAGAAAUCCAACUUUCAACGUGAUCGUACUCAGUUCCGAUACCGAAAUUAACUCCAGCGAUAGACUCGUGCGCAUUCUACAGUCUUAUGAGAACGUGAAAAUGUUCCACGUGGACUUUGGUUCCCUAACGAAUAACAAUGUGUCAACCUCUGAUGUAGACACCAGGCUGGCUCUACUCUGGUCCCAUGGGGCAAUUUACUUAAACCACGACAUUAUCAGCCUUAAGCCUCUUCGUGACCUACCAGAUAAUUUCCUAGUGAAUCUGGAAGAUGGAAGAAUCAGUUUCGAUGCAAUUGGGUGGCGUAAUCGAAACGGCACUGAGCCCGAGUUACCAGCGAAUGGCACUCUUCCAGUGAACAGGUUGUGUGUAGAGGUUCAAGGUAGUUUAGCGCUGGAGCAGCGAUGUGGUGAAUUCAAAAUUUUGAGUUUCCAGAAUUUCUACGCGAAUACACUCAAUGGGUCGUUAGUAAAUAGCACUGCAGCAAGUUACGCGGUGAAAGUCGAUGGUCACAACAGAGUACUAUUGGCGAAGUUAGCCGAGAAGUACUGCCCAACCACUUUUCAGGAGAUGAAAGCAAAAUCGGUUUGAUUGGAACGCAAAAGUCCUGAAACUCGUUUCAAGAAGUCGGUUUGUUGGCUUCUCAUAAAAAGGGAGGGUGGAAAUGACACGGCUCUUGAAAAUUAUUUAUUAAUCAUAAGUACAUAAUCAUUUGGCAGUGCACAGAGCAUACGUAAUAAAAUGGUUCAUG